UACACUUCUCAUCAAAUUCUAAAAAUAUAGUUCCGGACUCACCUUAAUAACAUCGCAAAAAACCCGAAGUUUUACCAAAUUUGCAGUGCUUUUUUAUGAGUUUUAAAAUACAUGUUAUAUAUUAUUGUUAUUGUUAUUUGAUUCAACGAAAAAUCAYUGCGUGCGUCAUCUUCACGUUUCAUCGCUUUACGUAGGYUUCGCACUCCYUCCGCCCACACCAUCGUCUAGAGAAGAUUAAAAGAAUUACUAAUUCUAGAAUUCCGACAUGGAUUUAGCCUAAAUGUGGACCCAGCACARCUUAAAAGAUGCAGCGCUAUGAAAAUGUCCAACAACGGGGAAGAAGAGUGAACAAAAAUGGAGGCAGAAAAUUUUCUGGCGAUCGACCUAGAUCGCCAAUUCCGAAUUCCGCUUUUAAUGACUAUCACGAAGACAUUGGAGACAGCCAAAGUGUGUACAAUUUCCUSGCGGAAUCAGGGGACUAUGAGGAUUCUGGGAUUUCUGAUUUAGAAAUGAGCAACUUUACAAACGAAGCCAACCUUUCUUACGCCAGAGCAAGAGACAGGUUAACCCGACAGAAAGACGGUAGAAAUCGUCAAGAAUCGCUCGAAAAGUAUGAGAACGAAAAAAACAAUGCAAUCACCCCACCGCCCUACGAAUACGACGUUCCUAGAUUUCGCCGACCUAAACCUGUUCCAAGGCAAAAUGUCGACGAAACUAUAACAAAACAAACACCACCCAUUCCAUCACCUAAGCCUCUUACUAGAUCAAUGAACUUCGAUGAAAGCAAUCAAAAUGAGAAUGAAUACGUUCCCGAUUUUAAACCUUCCCCAAAACCAAGAUCUGGAUCAUAUGACAACGAUGAAAGAGAAGAGAUUCGGCCCCGAUCCCCAAGACAACAAGUCCUAAAUGACUCGAGUCGAGGUCGGCGAGUUUCAGAAAUCGUUGAAGCAAUUAACAGGAGUAGAAGUCCAAGCCCGAAUCGACCAAGGAAAACGAGCGAACAUCAGCCAGCUUUUGUUGGAAAUGAUAACUGGAUUUUAAAGCAAAAGCCUAAUAUUGUGGAAGGGAGAAGUGGCAUUUCAGGCCCUAGCGUACAAAGUCGAAAGGUUUCAGAUGUACAGAACGUAGACAGAAUAAGUGAUAACUGGACUUCACAUCAACGUAACAGCGUCGAAAGUAUUAAAGGAAGCAGAACGCCGAGCCCACAAAGAAGGAAUUCCGAAAUUCAGACAGCUGACAAUGAGAAUGAUAAAAGGAUUUCAAGAACGCCUCACAUUGUUGAAGGUUUUAAGCGAAGCCGAAUGCCGAGCCCUAGACCACAAAGAAAGAGCUCCGAAUUUCAGCCACCUGACAUAAGAAAUGACCACUGGACACCUCCAAAAGCUCGGCAUAGUUUAGAUAUCCCACCAUCCGAUGUCCAUUUUCGACCAGUACCGAGAGUAAGAAAAACUGCCCGACAAGAAUCGGACGAAGUUGAUAUUGGAACUCCAGAAGRUCUCAGAAAAGGACAUGGAGGCUCCUUCGAGAAACUUCCAAUGGAAGAACAACAUCUUUAUGAAACUCUUCACCGCCGUGUCUCCAACAAUGAAGAACCAACAUUUCCUCAGCAAGACCCCGAMUAUGACGAAUUACCAUCAGACAUUGGGAUGGAAAACUGGCUGAAAAAUCAGCCAGAAAACGUUCCGAAUGAAAUAGAGGCAGAUCUAUCACUCGCACCUGAAGAUGAUCAACAUUUGGACUUCUAUAGAAAAACAUCGACGGCUGCCAGCUACGCCUCUCGCGGGGCAUCUGUAGCAUCAGCAGGCAACUACGACCUUACAGUUGCCCCAAACGAAGAGGAAACUGAGGAAGAGAAGGAACAAGACACUUGCCAAAACUUCUACCUCGUAUUAACUAAAUGGAUUGCUGUAAUAUUCAUUGCGCUGAUUGUACUUGCAUGUGUUACUAUGAACAAAAUCUGUCUAUUAAUCAUUGGUAAAGAGCACUCCAUGCCAAAAGAUUCCAGCAGCCUCAAUAAAGUAGGGAGAAAAGAAUCAAUCUUUAUAAUGCUAACAAUCAUUUUAAUGGUUCCGCAAGCGCUUUCAUUUCUUGCUGCAAUCUGGGGUAAACAUAAAAGUCAACCAUGGCCAUGCCGGACUUCUGUACUAUGGAUCAUCUUUGGGGGCAUCAUCGAAGCGUUUUGUUUAUCGUAUUUAUGUAUCUACGCUGUUACAGUCUUGAGCAAACACCCGCACAUUUUCCUUCUGUUUAUGUCGGGUCUGUUCUUGAUACCAACGAUCAUCCAAGUCUACGAAUCAUCACGAAAAUGUGACACCACCGAUGGAAAACGCCGUACAGCUUUGUUCGUACUAGCUGCAAUCUUUCAAAUUGGCGGUCUUACGACUCUUUUCUUCAUGGAGGGGCUAACUGAGACACGUGAUAAGAUUGGCAUUCCCCUUGCACUUGUUCUUUUGUCAACGGCAUGGUCUCCUAAACUGCGUCGACUACAAACACAAUCCUCCUCCCCGAGYCACGCUCAGACUCCAGAGACACCUCGUCGAAGUACCGCGACAAGUCCAGGGCUCGAUUCCCGAUGGUCGACAAUGGAUGGAAUGUCCACAGCUUCAACGAUUGACGAGAUCUAUACAUCUACCUCAACACGGUCAGCCAGAGAAAAAGCAGCCUUGGUUAUGUCGAUGGUUAAGUUAAUUGCAACACCCAUUGCAGCUGUCAUCUUAUCUUUGAUUUUGAAGUUCGCUGAAUUACCUCAUUAUAAAGAAGGCUUUCGUUAUAUCAAUCCCGACCAUCCAGUGUUUUACUAUUUCCUAGUUCAGAUUUUUUCCACUCUUAUUGGGUACCACUUUGCUUGGCUCGCCUGCUCCAUGUACACCCAGCGCGCGGCCUUUGCCUUGCCCAUGACCUUAGCAACUCCUCUGGCAAUAAUAUUCAUCGAGGUUAAACAACUGUGCGAUAGCUCCAUGGCGCCAUUAACAUGUGGGCCACAAAAAGGCAGAGAUCUGAUUCUCCUCAUUACCGCYCUGACUCUUUUACUUUUGGGUCAAUUCAUGUCGACUGGAUACUAUGUGUGGGCCAACAAAGGAUARAUCAUGGGAAAGGCGUCYCAUUUGUUUUGGCUUCCUUCCUACACAGGCGCACUUCUUGAGCCCUUCCUGCUGUUAAACCGAAGAAAUAAAGUCACUGAUGAUUCCCAUGUGACAUCAAAACACCUAACAAGAAAAACAUAUGUCUUCAUCUGCUCAACUAUGUACCACGAAGAACUUUACGAAAUGGAACAGUUGCUAGAAUCCAUACACGAUAUCGAUAACAACAUUCAACGGGCCAAGCGACAUGUUGAGUCUCACAUCUUCUUCGAUGGUGCACUGAAGGCCGAGGUUAUGAACGAAUAUGUCCUACAACUAGCUACCAUAAUCAAAAAAACUCUCAAAGUGGAGCUCAACAAAGCCAGAAAGAUACGAACUCCUUAUGGGAUGCAGCUUCAAUGGGUGCUACCAGGUGGCUUACCAGUAACCAUCCACAUGAAAGAUAACACCAAGGUUAAGAACAAAAAGCGUUGGAGCCAAGUUAUGUACAUGUCAUAUGUUCUCGACUACAAACAGCGUCUUCUACAAGUGAAUGACGAUGAGACUUUCAUCUUAACAACCGACGCAGAUGUACAUUUUACGCACGAUUCAAUGGAGGCACUGAUCGAUUACAUGGUGCAGGACGACAGAAUAGGCGCCGUAUGCGGAAGAACACAUCCAAUGGGGAAUGGACCAUUGGUGUGGUACCAGACAUUUGACUAUGCUGUUGGUCAUUGGUUCGCYAAGGUCGCAAACCACGUUUUUGGUUCAGUGUUAUGCUGUCCAGGGUGCUUUUCUCUUUACCGUUGUAGAGCGGUAAGAAGUGUCCUUCGGGAGUAUUCCAGUAACGUCACCGAAGCGUUUGAAUUCUUGACAAAAGAUAUGGGUGAAGACCGCUGGUUCUGUACAUUAAUGGUUGAAAAUGGAUGGCGUCUAGCAUACUGCGCUGCCGCAGAAGACAAAACCUACUGUCCCCAAGAAUUUGAAGAAUUCUACAAGCAGAGGAGACGAUGGAUGCCCUCAACGUUGGCAAAUUUGGCCUUGUUGGUCAGUAAGUGGCGGAUGCUGUUGACAAAUAACGAAAACGUCAGCUUCCCAUUUAUUCUUUUCCAAAUCGUGCUACUUGUGGCAACACUUAUUGGACCAUCGAUCGUAAUACUGUUUAUUGUUGGUGGACUUUUGUCGUUGAGCAGCGUAGCCAGCGAGGAAGUAAUUGUCAUCCUUUUUUCAAUACUGACCAUGGCGUACGCAAUGAUUUGUCUCUUUUUCUCCCAAGAUAUUCAAAUCAAGGUGGCUAAGUUCUUGACGUUCAUAUUCGCCAUCAUCAUGAUUCUUGUGACAAUCGGCUUGUGCACACAAAUCGAAAGGGAGGUGACGAAGAGGAAGACUUUAAAUGUCACUGAAGAUACUCCAUUUGCGGAUAGACUCCCAGCGGGUGUCAGUACUUUGUACCUCGGAGGCUUGUGCGCCAUUUUUUUUAUAACAGCAUUACUGCAUCCAAAGGAAUUUUUAAGUUUGAUUCAUGGAUUUUGGUAUCUGCUUUGUCUGCCAUCUGGUUACCUUCUUCUCACAAUUUAUUCCAUAAUAAACAUGACAGAUCGCUCAUGGGGAACACGAGAGGGUAAAACUGGCGCAAACACAGCCAUUGGACAAAGCGAAAAUCCUUUGGUUACGCUGUGGAAUCUGUUUAAGACUAAAUGCAGUUGUUGCUUUAAAUGUUGUCAACAACCUCAAGCUUCAACAAAAAYCGAGCCCAAAGAGCCAAGCAGAUCCAAAAAGCUAAGCAGAUCAAGUCAAUUCAGCUCAAAGUUUAGAGACAGAAUCAGACACCCUCGUACUYGCAAAAACAGAAGUCGACAAGGGUCUAAAGAUUUUGAUACCGAAAGUGAGUGUAGUGAAGCAGCAUCUUCCGUCUUCUCCACUAAAGCUGAAAAAAAGCAAGCCGAAAGAGCAGCUAAACGAAAAGUCCGACGCCAAAGUACAUUGUCSAAGUUAAGAAUGAUAUUAGAAUCUAAAAGUCAGGGCAGCGAAAGCGAAGCCAGUGAUUCAGCUGAGACGUUGAAUUCGCCUUUGCCAUCAAAAACGGGAAGAGAAAAAAAUGUGGGCGAUGGAACCUUACGUAAAAUCAUGGAAAUACGGAAAAAAUUAAAUGGUAUUCAGUGGGAUGCAGAUCAAGGUGAUAAAAGAGGAGACAGAAGAGAGGAUUCUAUCCAUACACCAAAGCCUCCAGGAAGCCCCAGGAUUGCAAUAACUGUGGCGGACGACGGACCAGUAGAUUACGAAGAGGACGACGUCCCAUCUUCUGAUGUGUUUGGAGCUCUGGGAAAUCGGGGAUACGUUCCUGAUAAUGACCUACAAAAUCCCGUUAGAAGAAUAARACAGGGAGCACACCCAACUGCUCAACAAACAGACUCCUUUGAAGGAAGCUCAGACUCUGCAUACCGCACGGAUAUUUCUUCGKUAUCCUAUACAUCAUUAGUCGUUCCUCCUGCACGAAYGAWUUCAACACUGGCAAAUAGUGACGAUGAUGAUYCAUCAACAUAUUACAACGCAUCAUAUACAACGAUGGAUGACCUUCUUACUUCUGACAUUUCUCUAGACAUGUCAGUUGAAGAGUGGCUUAAAGGCCGUAUGUGGAUAACUUCAAAAAGCACGGAUAUGACACUCUUGCGUUUAUCAGUGGAAUGUCGCAACAGGAUCUUGAAACAAUUGGAAUCACGAGACGAGGGCACAGAUCUAGACUAAGUCGUGCUAUAGCAAUGCUGCCUCCCCUCAUAAUUGAGGAGGGAAUACCAACCAAUGUCAAGUUGUGGCUGGAAGAGUUAGGUCUUGGUGAGUAUUGGCAAAACUUUGUGGACAACUUCUGUACAGAACCAAGUGACUUAGAAGACCUUAAGAUGAGAAGUAAAGAAAACCUUAAAUCAGAAUACAAGGUGACAAAGAUGGCUCACCUGAAUAUGRUGCACAGAGCAAUUCAGAAAUUGAAAUAUGCUAACCGAGAACAAAUACAAAUUGCAGUGGCCCGACGACAACUGGAGAUGCUUCCYACAGAAACCUUGGAGCCAAUACAUGAAUAUGAUGAAGCUAAAGAGUACUCAUUUUGGGAAUCUUUGAGGCAGCAAUGCUUGCUUCCAGAGUCUGCAGUCUUUACUGACAAUGCAGAGCUGAAAACAAAACUGGCAGAUUUGCGAAACUCAGUUGUCAUGAUCUUUUUUGUGGCAAAUGCUUUGUGGAUGGUCGUCAUUAUGGUUCUGGUUAAGCAAACYAGGUUGAAAACAUUAGGUGUUGAUGUUUUAGGUUUAUCCUUUUUGAUAGUUUAUGGUACAGUGACAUUUUGUCAGUUUUUAGCCAUGAUAUUUCAUCGUUUGACUACUCUACUGCAUAUCUUAGCGCGUACACCAUGGAUAUGCUGUGGCACACAYAAAACUAACUAUAAAGAUAACAUUACAAUUGCUACACGAGAAUCAUAGCAUCYUAUUCACAAAUCCAUCAAUUACAUUUCUUUGACAGUAACAACCCUGCAAAAUAUAAGAAAAAGCACACAAAAUAAUGAGGUGUGUUACUCAACUUCAAUAUCAUUUUCAAACAAUAGCUCAGUAUAAUACURACAUGAAACUUUACUUUUACUUUUCUUUAAUGUUCAUUUAAUCAUCACAWAGUAGUGGAAAUACUUUAAAUUGUUAAUUUGAUAUAAUAAAYUUUAUAAUUUUAUAACACAAUAUUCAAAAUAUCAGUAUUUGUUUUGRGGGGUGAUGAAAAUGUAUCUAAAUACACAUAGCUUUAAUAAGAUGUUUUGAAAAAGUUGAAUAUUGUACAGGCAGGAACUACAACAAUGGACAUCACUUUUGAAAACCAUUAUACAUUAAUCACUAUUAUAACUAUUAAGGGAGCAUCAUAUAAAGAUCUAUAGAAUAUAUUUUUUUCAAUAAAAUAUUUUGAUAUUGGA